UGAUUAGUACAGAUAAUGUCGUUCCAGAGUAACAAAAUGAACGCAUUUGGCUACUUCUGGCUUGUAAUUUUGGCUACUCUAGGAGCCAUAAAUUCUUCUCCUGCUGAUUUGCAGCUGAAUUUCUAUGCCAAAACAUGUCCCAAAGCUGAAGAGAUUGUACAAGAUUAUGUCCAUGAGCAUAUUCCAAAUGCUCCAUCUCUUGCAGCAACGUUGAUAAGAAUGCAUUUCCAUGACUGCUUUGUCAGAGGCUGUGAUGCAUCGAUUCUUCUGAAUUCCACAUCAAGUUCUGGAAAUCAGACUGAGAAAGUUGCUGUUCCCAACCAAACUGUACGAGGCUUCGACUUCAUUGACAGAGUGAAGAGCCUAUUAGAAGCUGAAUGUCCUGGAGUAGUUUCUUGUGCAGAUAUCAUUGCGUUGGUUGCAAGAGAUUCCAUUGUAGUUACAGGAGGUCCUUAUUGGAGGGUACCAACUGGCCGAAGGGAUGGGCUAAUAUCAAAUGCCUCUGAGGCCUUAGCAAACAUUCCAGCUCCAACUUCUAAUUUCUCUUCUCUUCAAACAAAUUUUAGUAAUAAAGGUCUAGAUCUAAAAGAUCUAGUCUUGUUAUCAGGAGCUCAUACGAUUGGAAUCGCCCAUUGUUCUGCAUUUUCGAGCCGUCUGUACAAUUUCUCCGGAAUUCUUGGCAAUCAAGAUCCAUCUCUAGACAGUGAAUAUGCAGCAAAUCUGAAAGCAAAGAAAUGCAAAACCAUCAACGAUACAACAACAAUAGUUGAAAUGGAUCCAGGAAGUUUCAGGACAUUUGAUCUAAGCUACUAUAGACAUCUACUCAAGAGAAGAGGCCUAUUUCAAUCUGAUGCAGCCUUGACAACAAGUUCCACUACACUCUCAUAUAUUAAUGAACUUCUUCAGGGUUCCAGGCAGGAUUUUUAUAAGGAAUUUGCUUUGUCUAUGGAGAAAAUGGGAAGGAUUGAUGUAAAGACAGGAUCGUCCGGUGAAAUCAGGAAACAUUGUGCAUUUGUUAAUAGUUAGAAUUUUUGCUGUUAUUUUAAGCCUUCAUAAUUGUAUUAUGUUGUUAAUGUACGUGAUAUUUGUGUUUUAUGAAUGUGGAAAUUAUAUGUUUGUGGUAA